CGUGUGUCGCUGGCUUUAGUUUAGUGUGUCAUAGCUGAGAAACGAUCUCUGAUAUAUAAAAAUUUGUUUAUAUUUGUCCCGCCAUUCUUUAAACUGACAGAUAUUUAAAGGAUGUUGACAUGCAAUCGAGAAAAUACCUCCAAUUAACACUGGCUAUACUCAAACCGCAUGUUGUUAAAUCUCCUUUUGUUCUUCAGAAAAUUCGCGACUUAAUAAUCGAUAAUGACUUCAAAGUUGUUAGAUCGCGCAGAACGACUAUCUCUUAUGAGGAGGCCGAAUUGUUUUACAAAGAACACAAACAUAGAUUUUUCUAUAAUCGCCUUCUUUCGUUCAUAUGUAGUGGGCCAUCUGACAUACACAUUUUAGCAGGACACGACGCUAUUGCUAAGUGGCGGCAUUUGAUGGGCCCUACUAAGGUUUAUCAAGCACAAUAUAUUGCGCCAGAUACUAUUAGAGGAAUGUUUGGAUUGUCAGAUACUAGAAAUGCCACUCAUGGGUCUGAUUCAACAGAAUCUGCAAAAAAAGAAAUAAAUGUAUUUUUUAAAGACUUUAACAUAAAGGACUGGUACGACAAUGAAGAGUUAUUUUAUAACUUAGAGAGAUUGCAUUUUGAUCCAAUAUCAUUUGUGCAUACUAUUGACAAAAGCUAUAUGGAUAUACAAAAUGAGCUAGUUAUAAAAUAAUUAUGAAUAUCAUUUGCAUUCUCUUAUCAUUUGUCUCAUUGUUUAAUUAAUUUAAAUAAAAUCUUAUUUACUAUAUCCGCCUGAA